CAACCAGAAGCAGAAUGUGUUCUGGGUGUGGCUGCAUGCGAUUUACCCAAUAGCCAAACUGGGGGGAUUGCUUAAGGGGAAAGACAAAGCAUCUGCUGCUGAAGGGAGCGGAGACCAAGAACUGCAGGAUGAAGACCUCUGGAGCUUGUAUACUGCUGUGUCUCUUAGCACUCUCCCUGUCCCCAGCUGACUGGUUUCCUUGGGUGGUCAAUGGGCAAGAACUGGAAAGUGCAACUGGUGAAGUUAGCACUGACUCUCUUAUCAACACCCCAGCUGCAGCUGUCACACCACCUGUGCUUCUUAGUCCUCUUCAGUCUGACAGCGAAACUACGACAGCUUCAUCAGAUUGUCGCGAAGAAAAAUUUCCUUGCACACGCCUGUACUCUGUUCACAAACCGGUCAAGCAGUGUAUCAGCUACCUCUGUGUUACAAGUGUUCGUCGCAUGUACAUAAUAAACAAGGAGGUGUGCUCUCGCAUUGUCUGCAAGGAGAAUGAGGUCAUGCAAGAUGAGAUCUGUCGUCAGCUGGCUGGCCUUCCUUCUCGACGUCUUCGCCGAUCUGGGCAACCCCUGCAUCUUCCUUGCAGACAACUCCUGGAGCAGCAGCGCAGGAAGCCCGAUGCUCUGUGAGCUACCAGCAGUGAGGGAGAAAAAGGGUGAGGAGAGACAUCAUCAUCCACUACCUACAACCCAAGACAAGUCCUCAUUUGUUAUUUUGCCACCAUUUAUUUGCUUCUCUGCCUUCCCCCACACCCUCUUCUUCAGUUGCUGCAGAACACAGAGUCCCCUCUCUGCUAGUCUGUCAUGACAGCUCUUGUCAUCUUCUAAAUCUGUUGCUGAGGAGGUGGGAUGCUGCCCUCUUUUCUCUCUAACUCUGUUUGGCAGGCCAUGAGCUGCUCAUUUCCCAGAGGUCCUUAUAAAUGUGCUGCACCUUCUCUUGUUUUGCCCCUGCAGAGAGAUAUCUGGGGACAGGUUGUACUCCUCUCCAAUGGUACAGAUGCCCUAAUCUGUGUCUUGUGGAGAAGUGCAAACCUAUAUGCCGUAGGACUCUGGCCUAGGUUUCUUGGAUGGCAUCAAUAUGAGUUCAGAUAUGGUUAAUCAGCCUGAGCCUCUCCGGUCCUUCUGAACCACCGUGUGAUAGCACAUCCUCCUCCUUUGUCUGCUGGGUUCAGAGAAGAGACAGAACAGAAAGAUGAGCUGUCCUCAACCCAAGGCAACCCUCAUCGCUCCUGCAUGGCAGCAGAUCAUUUAUAACUACCUCUGGGAAGUUCUGCCUCUCAAGCCCAUUGCCUCCCUCACAUACAACCGCUCCUGAAAGGAAGAAUUCUGGAUUUAGUUUGGCAUAAUAUUUUUCACAAUAAGAUUAUGUUGAAAUAGAGUGCUGCCCCUUCCUCUUCCUCCUCUGCUCUCUCCCAUUCUGUCCCUUCUCAUUGAAGAACUCUCUUGAUGCCCAUUCCAGGCAAGUUCCAGGGAGCAGUAAGUAUGGCUGCCUCUGUUCCUAAGCCCAAGAGAGUCCACAAAGAACUUGUGUGUCCUCACAGUAAUGGGAACUUGCAUUGAGUUGGUUUGUUCUGGUGACUUGUCUUGGUCUGGCUACCUCCACAUUAUCCAGUUGCUGAGCCUGCUUUUAGUAUCUCCACUUGAGUUCCUACCUACUGACCGUGGAGCUCCUUCACAAAGCAGAAGGGAGUCCCAAAUUGGAGUGGGAUGUGGAAGAAGAACCGUUAUCUGAGAUCUCUGGGUUUUCCUUCAGGUUCUGUGGCUGUGUUGACCUGCACAGAGCCAGACACUGGUGGGGUCAUAAGCCUGUCUCCAGGUAUAAGAGUUCACAGAGGCAGACCAACUUUGGGAAAAUAAUUCACUGUGGUAGUGCUGGAUGUGUGAUCUGCUUGAGAACUUUGUUUUCCAGAUAUAUGGGGAACAUUUACAGGUUUAUGAGCAGUUUUCACUAUGAGACUGGGUAGGGUAAGUGGGGAAGAGCUGUCUGAAGUGUAUUAAUCACUCUGUGUGACGUCUCGUGACAUGACUCUGUGGAGUACCAGAGCUGAACAGCUGAGCUCACUGUAGCAGAUCAGCAAGACCCUGUUUCUAGAUUCUCUGAGCAUUGUUCCCAACUAAAAGAAAGCCAGUUUGCUAGAUAAGGCAUUCAUCCCAGUCACAUAAUACACUCUGCUGCUGAACUGAGUCCCAUUCAGCCCUGCAGGAGCAGUGGUCUGCUGCACAGAGACAGGGUAAUGCAAUAUAGGGGACAGAUUGCUGUAUGGAGGCAGAAGCUAAGAGCUCGGAUUUCUGCUGUAUGCAGCUUGAAGCUGGUUACGUUCUCUGUGUAGGGGAAGACACCCUGUGCAGACACAGAUUUGUUCCAUAAGGUCAAAAUUGACCAUAGGUGGGCUACAUAUCUUUGUAUUAAUCCAAUAUACAGAAGAAAGAAUUCCAAGUUAUAUGGUGACUGGAAUUUCAUCCUAUGCAUGAGGGCACCGCACCGCUACAGAGGAUGAUGUUCCUCUUGAGGCCUCAUGAGACUAGAGGUGGAGGAGGAAUUCCUCUAUACUGAGAACAUGCAUGUUUCUGUAGAGAGGAGGGCACUGAGAGCUUGAUCUCAAAGACAUUCAAGCCACUAACCUCUAUGCUGGGACACCUGUGGAAUUUGCCUGUGUGGAGGAAGGUAGGCUAGCGAUGAGAUGUUAGAGGGAGCUCUUGCAAAUUGGACUAGGCCAAAUUGCUACUCUGUAUUUAGAGUUGAAUGUAAGCUGAUAUAGAUAUAUAACUGUAUAACAUAGCUACUGUACAGUAUAUAAAAAUUUAACAUUCAUAGAGUUUGGAGAAUUGUUAGAAGCCUUUCUGUUGCUUGCUUUCAGCAGGGACAGGAAGAAGUACUCCUCUCUAGGAUAACAGUUUCAAUGCUAGAGUCCAUAUAACACAAUUAAAAAUAUUAAAAGAAAAUUUAUUUCCCAUUAUUAUUGGCAACUCUCAUGUAUUUGCAUUUAUUAUUUGUCUCAAGCUGUGUUUGUGGGCAGACUUGACUCCAGCCCAAAUGUGUCAUUUGGACCUUUUUACUCCCUGCUAGCCCAGUCCUCUGCUGCUCUUCCCCUCUGGUUCUCACGCACUGUGGCUCCCUCAGCUGCCAAAUCAGGAUUAUCUAAAGGGAAAGACAUGCCAAUCAGAGCAGAGAGGGGAGAAUUGCACCCCAGGUCAACUUGUGCACUGUGGGAACAGCAAAUGCACAUCUUAAGGUGGCAGAAACAAGGUAAGGACGAAAGAGAGUGCUGUGGGAAAACACAGGAAGGCUGUUGGAAGCCAGUGCCAUGUCACCUGGAAGCUCCGUGUUGCCUGGAUCUCAUCCACAAGAACCUGCAUUAUGAACAAGACGUGUUAUCACUGAGCUUCUCAGCUUGGAGGGAUCCCUCAAGAGUAGAUUGCUGCCUGAGGUGUGGGCUUGUCCUUCUCAGAGAAAAGUGGUGCUUGCAACCCAUCCAUAAAGAGCACCUCUACAAACAAACAGAAAGUUGGGCUGUUUUGGGUUUGUUUGUGUUUGUUUUUUUUUAAAGAAGAUUUUGAAGGUUCAUGAUCCCAUACAUUUACUGCUGGCACAAUAUGGUCUGACAUUCAAUCAUAGAAUCAUAGACUACCAAGUUGCAAGUGGUCUCAAGGAUCUGGUGUGAAACAUCCUUAACAAAAAGCAUGCACACUGUUUGACAGUGUGCAUUUGUCUGAAUUCCAUUUCUUUAUCUCCUCUUCACCUCCUGCUCUCUGAUCUUCAGCAUACUAUUUUCUCUGUUUCCUUGCCCUUGUAAUGUAGCAAGCUAGAAUAAACCCCCACAAAAUAAAGAGCUGGAUUUUAGUCCAUUAAAAAAAAAAUCUAUUAAAAAGGUGUGUGAAGCAUCAUGAAUUAA